GCAGUAUCUUACGAUCGAUUAUAGCGAAAUCUCCGCAUUGUAUUUCGUUAAUCGUAAACACGUUUUUUAUGUCGGCCUUUUCGUAGAUGCUCGUCGUAUCGUUGUGUUCAAAUGAAAACAAUCGUGUUUGCUCAAACAUAAGAUGGAUAGUGAAAGAUAGCAUGGUCAAGAGUGGAUAAAGAAGAAAUCAAGUGAGAGAGAAUAUUCGAGUGGGCCACGUGAUCAUAUGUCUCGUCAGAUUAUUAUUUAUAAUAUUUCGUAUAAAUAUAAAGUCAACGUAAUUCGAUCAAGCAUUUAUGUUUACGCAUUUUUUACGUUUUUGAUCGAUUCAGCGUUAUCUUAAAAAAAGUUUCUCGUACAAACGUGACACGUGUAUGCAAGAUUAGAUCAAUCAAAAAGCAUUCGAGUGCGUAUUUCAUGUCGUAGCUUAACAGCUGUGACCUUGAAAAUAUGUUAACGAAAUUAUAAAAGUUAGGAAUAUAAAGAAAUUUGUUUAGUUCGAGGCCUUGCCUCGGUGCUAUACGAUCCUGAAGGCGAUCGCAGCGCCACCACGCAGUCUCGUUCGCGAUCGAAGGUUGGAAGGGCGCGCGGAGUAGUGGGGGAGCCGGCACGGGAGUCGUAUCCCGCGUGCGAGCGAGCGUACACACGUGUGCCCCCUCCGCUCUCUUCUCGCCACGCACGUACCAACCGUGAACGAACGAAACGGACGAAAAUGUCGUCGCGGAAGAAGUCGAACGUAUCGUCAGAGCUCUCGGUUCAACGCUGGAACUCUUCGAAAAAUCCAAGAAGAUCCUCAUUUUUUCAACUAAGAAGAGAUAAAUUUCAUUUGUACUUACUACUUCACAAAAAUGGAAGACUCACCGAGAUACGAGGAUCCCGGCAUGUAUAAAACACGAUCGCCCUAUAGUCUGCGGAGAUUGGGAGACAUGGUGCCGGCAAGAGUUGUCCUCUAUAUGCUCUCUUUCUCCGGGUUUCUCGUUUCCUUUAUGAUGAGAACUGAUAUCAAUCUUGCGAUGGUGGCCAUGGCAAAACCAGCUAUGACGUCGUCAAAUGCCACGGUCACCGAGACGUCUCAUUAUUGUUACAAACCGGCGAACAUUUCGCACGUGGAGAAUAACAACAGCAAUAGUAACGCUAUUAGACCGGAGGAAGAGGGUGAGUUCGACUGGAGUCCAGCCAUUCAGUCUGCCAUUCUUGGCUCCUUCUAUUGGUGUUACAUAUUAUCACAAAUUGUGGGUGGCGUUUUAACUCAAUAUUUUGGUACGAAGACUGUCUUCGGUGGGUCGCAACUUUUAACUGCAAUUUGCAGUUUACUUAUGCCCAGCGCUGCUGAAAUUCAUUACGGUGCUAUGAUAGCUCUCCGAAGUAUACAAGGAGUCGCUAGUGGAUUAACUUGGCCAGCUAUGUAUGCCAUUGUUGGACAUUGGAUUCCACCGGUAGAAAGAUCUCGUUUCAUGUCUUCCUUUCAAGGGUUCAGCUUUGGGAUCGGAUUGACCUAUCCGUUGUGCGGAUUCAUCAUCGCUCACUUUGGAUGGCAAGUGGUUUUCUACACGACCGGUACCAUCGGAAUAACUUGGUGUCUCUUCUGGUACUUCUUUGCCUUCGACACACCAGCUGCACAUCCAAGGAUCUCUCAACAGGAACUGCGUUACAUACGUGGAAGCAUCGGCAAUCAAGUUUUGGGAACGAACGAGGGAAUGCCUGUACCAUGGAAGUCGAUUCUUAUGUCAUGGCCAGCUUGGGCGAUCGGUAUUACGACCUUUGGAAGAAUAUGGGUCCAUUAUGUUUUUAUUAUUCCUGGUCCGAUGUAUAUAAAAACCGUCCUUGGAUUUAGCAUUCAGGCCAAUGGCGUUUUGUCAGGGUUACCAUUUAUCUGUAGUUAUCUGAGUUCCGUAGUAUUCUGUUAUGUCGCCGAUAUUUUGGUCAAUCGACAGAUCUUGUCUCUAACGAAUGUUCGGAAAGUUUUCACGGCAUUAUCUCAAGUGAUUCCUGGAAUUCUCGUGCUUCUUAUCGGAUAUCUGGGAUGUAAUAUAAUUCUUGUGGCAAUUGUUUGGUUCGUAGCUGUUACACUAAUAACUGCUGCCUAUGCCGGUGCAAUGGCUAAUAUCGUUGAUAUCGCGCCAAAUUUCGCCGGUCCUGUAUUAGCAUUCGCACAAACUAUUCACAUGACAGCUAGUUUUCUGUCACCUAUAGCAGCUGGUCUGCUCACUCAAGAAAGCCAAGCACUGGACGCUUGGAGAAGAGUAUUCGGAGUGACUGCGUGUGUAGCUUGUAGCACGUAUAUAGUGUAUCAGAUCUUUGGUACUGCUGAAAUUCAGGCAUGGAAUUAUCCUGAUCAAAAGUAUCCACAAUCCGUUCAAGAGGAUUCUCAACCUCUUAACGAGUCACCUAGUAAAAACGGAAAGAUAGUUUCGAAUCGAGAUAAUAUAGAAGAAGCAUAAUGCGUGUGUGUAUAUAUAUAUAUAUAUGUAUAUAUAAUGUAUAUAUAUGUAUAUAUAUAUGUAUGUAUAUAUAUAUAUAUAUAUACAUAUACACACCUACAUACAUACAUACAUACAUAUAUACAUUAACAAAAGAAAAGAACAAACCUUAGGAUAUGGUUGCCUUAUUUUCUGCACUGUUUUUCUUGUUUGACGUCUCGUUUAAAGAUAAGUAGAUCUCUUCGGCACAUAAUUUUGGUAUGAACUCAUUCAUUGCAGACAAUUAUGACCGAUAUGAGAUUCUUAGGGUAUAUCUUGGUAUUCUUAUUUUUCAAUACUUUUCACUACCGGAUCAUUUUAUUUAUAGUUUUUAAAUAUGAUGUAAUAGGGAACAAAGUUUGAAUUUAACAAGUUUCUACUAGUAGUUUGUUGACAUUUCUACAUUAGUUUUAAGAUCUUGAAAUAUUAACUUUCUUCUUUCUUUACAUUAUCAGAUAUCAGAAUACCUCUCAAUUCUAAUAUAAUCGAUAUUUAUAUAGACGAAAUCGUUGUUGCGCAGAAAAGCUCUCUUCGAUUGGUUAUUCCAUGUGAAAGUACUUAUUUUCAAUGUCGUCGUCAUAUGUCUGUAAAUAAGAAUUAUAAUUAAUGCUGCAACAAAGGUUACUUACAUAGAAAUCAGGGUAUUGUAUAUUAUAAUGCUAAGAGAAUAUUUUUAUGAGGUAGCUUUAUCUCAGGAAAUCAAAAAAAAAAAAAAGAGAAACAGAGAAAAACAAGGGAUUUAAAAUAUUAUUUGAAUUCGAUUCUUAGAGGGAAGACAAAAAAGCACAAAAGACUCAGUGAAAUAAUUAGCGAUUUUUAAUAUCGUUUUUAAUAAUGUUAUCAUCUUGCGUUAUAAUUUACUUUUAUACAUUCUCUGUGAUCGAAUUUUCUUAUUUUAUUUUUUUUUUAAUUUUAUUAAAAAUAUUACAUAUAUUACACUUUAUUACAUUGCGUACAAAUGGAUCUCGUAAAGAUAUCACACGUGCUUAGUUAUUUACACUUAAGAAUUUUUUUUAAGGUAGUAUCAGAUAAUUAUAAUAGAUGGCGAGUAGUAGGAAAAGAGGGAGUGGGAGAGAACGGUGAUUAGCAAAAAAGAAAAAAAAAAAGAAACGAUGGGAAAGUAAGAAUAAAUGUUAAUAUCAUUCGUUCUCAUUCAAUCGUAAAGGCAAGUAUAAUAUUUGAUAGUUCUUGGUAAAAAAGAAAGAAUAUAUAUCCUGAAUUUGACAACAUUUUCAGAUACAGAAAGUAGGAUUACAUGAACAGAAUAGAUAAUGCAAAAUAGAGUAUAUACAUAAAUGACAGAAACUAUAUUCUGUACUAAUCAGUGCCUUGUUGUAGGUACAUUUCAUUUAUUAACACAGUAAACUCCUCGUCACAUCUUCAAAGAAUCUAAAUACUAUGUGUACCUCUUUACGAUAUUUGAUUUAAAAAGUGUCUAGUCGGAGUUUGUCACGAUCGAAUCCAUUUGUCCAACUAGUGGGAUAAGAAAAUUUCUUGGAUCUUUAAUGUAACCUCCACGAAUUUUCAAGAAAUUUCAAAGCACUAAUUAAACUUUUCAUUCUAUUAAAAUGAAUAAGAAAGAAAUAAUAAGAUCGUUCUCUCUACAAUUGCUGUGUUUACAUACUUAUAACAUAAGUCGCAAACGAUUCCGUUUUAAUAAGUUAUCACAAUUUGUUUACGUGUUCUUUUAAGAAUAUUGUAAUUUUAACAUUUUUGUACUUUUUUUUCUUUCUCAAUUAGAAUUAUAUCGUCGAGUAAUAAUUAUUCGUAUAUUUAUCGGUCAUCGAUACAAUAUAUACCAUACUUUAUUAAGCUUUUAUUUGAUUCUUUGUUACAAAGUUUUUACAAUGAUAUUGUUAUCUUCAUUCUGUUCAUAUCAUCACUGAUAUAAAAAGGAUGAUGUGUCACUUACAGAAUGGUCAUUAAACAUUGCAUGUGGAAGACAUUGAGAAAUAAUUGAAUGACACUAUUACUCUGCAUUUGGAAAAAUUAAAAUUAUAUCCAAUUCUAUACGUCGCAUAUAUAUAUAUAUAUAUAUAUAUAUAUAUAUAUAUAUAUAUAUAUAUUUCAAAUUAUUGCCAUUAAUUCUUUAAACUUGUAUAACGUUAAAAAAAAUUUCCUUUAACUAUUGAUUCAAAAUUUAAAAUAAAAAUAUUCUUGUCGAAAGAAAAAAAGUAUAAUAAAUUGAGAUGUAGCGUAGUAAAAGACUUCCAUAUGUAUGGAUAAUGUCUGAAAACGUUCAUGUGCCAUGUACAGUCAUGAUCGUAAUUUCAAACUUAAGAGUUAUAUUCUAAAAAAAACGUAUUUGUAAAAGCAUUUUCACAUUAUGUGUAUUAGACAAAUCUGGAUCGUCACGUUUUCUACCGUUUACAACGAUGCUUAUAGUUUGCUGUCGCGACAUACAAGCGAUCGACGAUCAUCGUGAAUAAAGAAAUUCUAUCAAAUGAAAUGUCAAAUUGCUGGAAGACAUUCAACGGGCUAAUUGCCAAAGAAAAUGGCAUGAUCCUAUAUAAAUGAACAAUGUGUGUAAAACUUAAUAAGAAAUAAAUGAAUAUAUAUAUAAUUUUAUUAAA